UUAUCUCUCCCUCUCCCUCUCACUCUGUUUUCCCCUGUUUCCAAAAAUCCUCCCUUUUCCCUCUCUUCCCUUGCUGCUGACUUCUUUCCUUUUUCAAAAUCAAAACCAAGACCAAAAUCUCUCUCCAAACAGUCCUUUCUUCUCUCCCAUGUGCCCUCUUCUUUUGAGGAGGAAACUCCUCUUAUUAAUAAAUUAAACCCCACUUCUCCUAUCCCAUUCUUCUUUGCUCUCUCUAUCCUCUUAACACAUUCAUCUCAAGAAAUGACUAAAGAGGAUGAUUUUAAGCUACUGAAGUUUCAGACUUGUGAUCUCAGAGUGAACAUUCACUGUGAUGGGUGUAGGCUGAAAGUUAAGAAACUUCUUCAAAGGAUAGAAGGAGUUUUUCAGGUUGAAAUAGGUGCGGAGAAUCAAAAGGUUACUGUUUUAGGUAAUGUGGAUUCUUCAACUUUGAUCAAUAAGCUGGUGAGAGCUGGAAAACAUGCUGAGCUUUGGUCACAGAAAGGAAACCCAAGCCCGAAACCAAAGAACAAAGACGAUAAAACUCCGAACAAGGAACCGAAGCAUCUUAAACUGACUUCGUUCAACUGUGAAGAUGAUGAAGUUGUUGAUUGUGUUGAGGAAGGAGAUGAUUAUGAAGCUGCACAGCUUCAGUUCAGAGAUAUCCUCAGGCAGCGAGCAAUCGAAGCGAAUAAUGCCGGGAAAGGUGGCAUUGGGAUGAACCGAAUUCCCGGGCUUGCUGCGGGAAAUGGCAAGAUGAACAACCACCACCACCUAAGUAUUAACAACAAACCUGGAAAUGGAAAGAAAAUAGACCCGAAUCAGCCAAUGUCAAUAAAAAAUACCCCAUCUGAGAUUGACAGAAAAACUUUGGCAGCUCUGAAGAUGAACAAUGCUCAACUUUUUGGUAACGGCCGGGAAAGUAUCAAUCUUGGGGAAGCGAAAAGAGCGAACAACAACGACCUGAAUUCUAUGAUGAGCAUGGCGGGAUUCAAUGGUGGCAACCUGUUAAAUUUCGCCACUCCGUCGUCAAUUGAUGUCAAUUCAACAAACGCCUCUCAAGGACUUCACCUUCAACAAAACAAUGGCUAUGGUUAUGGCUAUCAACCAUCAUCCACCUCUGGAUUCUCCAUGGCAACAGGUCAAUAUCAUCCCCAACAACAACAGCAACAACCAACCUUCAUGAGUGGCUACAACCAGUAUCAACAACAGCAACCAUUGAUGAACAUGAACAACAUGCUAAAUAGGCAAGCAAUGAAUCAACAGCCUCAAAUGAUGUACAAUAGAGCUCAAUUGGUUCCAUCAAACACAGGAUAUUACUUCAGUUACAAUCCAAGCCCUGUUCAUCCAAGUUAUCCUUGUGUUCAUGGCUACAACAGUAACUCUGCAGCUGAUAUGUUCAGUGAUGAGAACACAAGCAGCAGUUGCUCAAUUAUGUAAGAAAGAAAAGGGACAAAGAUCAUUGUCAUUUUUAUUUUUAUUUUGUUUGUGUAUGUUUGGGGUGGGGGGUUGUUUUUUUGUGUCUAGGGGAUCUCUUUCUCUUUUCUCUUUUGUCAGUGUAUUUUGUUUAUUGUUCUUCAAAGAUGGUGCUUGUGAAAUUUGAAGCUGUCUUGUCUGUUUGUUUGUC